AUGCCACACAACGAAAAUGAAUCAUUUAUAGAUGAUGAUCAUGAUGCUACAGAUGACCGUAAUAAUAGCAAUGGUAAUAAUAAUAAUACAAAUAGUUAUGAAGAUUUAACUCGUAUCAAUAAUGGUGGCGAUAGUAAUUAUAACGAAAGUGAUUUCACCGAUAUUAGAUUAAGUAAUAGUACCAAUAAAACCAAAAACAAGCCCACUACUACUACCACAACAACCACAACCACAACCACAAGUAAUUCAGUUCACGAAAUCGAAUUGGAUGAAUUAAAUCAUGCAGAUGAUAAUGACGAUGACUCUAAAAAUGACGGAGUUAUUCUAGACGAUCAUCAUCAUGAUGGCAGUAGUAAUGGUGACGAAGAUGAAGUUCAAAUAGAAGAGGGCGAUUCUUCACCACCACCACCAAUCCCAAGACAUAUUUGGAUCAGAGUUAUGGUAAUUUAUUUCGCAGUUUUCUGUGAUGGUUUGUCAUUAACAUUAAUUCAACCAUUCCUUCCACAACUCUUAACUAAAAAAUGGGGAUAUCCAGAAGAAGACGAAGGUUAUUUAUCUGGUUUAUUGGUCGGUGUUUAUAGUUUUGCAAGAUUUGGGUCAGGUUUUUAUUUAGGUCACUUUUCUGAUAAAUAUGGUAGAAAACCAUUUUUAGUAAUGUCAUUAUUCGCUACAGGUGUUGGUACAGUCAUUUUUUCUAAUAUGCCUAAUGUCUGGUUUGCAAUUGGUCUCAGAAUGCUAGAAGGUUUAUUUAGUAAUACUACAGCGCUUUGUCAAGCUACUUUGGCUGAUAUGGUCGAUAAAAGAAACAGAGCUUCAGUUUUUGCUUAUUUAGGUGGUACUUAUGCUUUAUCUCGUUGUAUUAGUUCGUCCUUGGGUGGUUUUGUAGUCAAGAUCUUUAGUGAUACACCAAAUCCGUAUUUCUAUGCAUGCUUAAUAGGUGGUGUUAUUGUUUUACUCUCAGCAGCAAUGGUAUUAUUUAUUCAUCCAGAAACUCAUCCAAAAUAUACUAAAUUAGAUUAUUCACAUCAUUAUCAAGCUUUAAAUGAAUCUAAGAAAUCAGAAGAUAACAACAGUAAUAAUAAUACAAACUCAACAAAUGAUGAUGAAAAUGAAUCAACCUUAACUUCAAAUUCAAAUGAAAAGAAAGAAGAAAAGAAAUCAGACAAUAUUAGCUUUAAAGAUGGUAUGAGGAUGAUCAUUAACGAUCGUGCAGUUUUAUUGUUAAUCGUAGUAGGUGGUUUGAAUAGUUACAGCAAUGGUGGUUUACUUCUCUCAUUGGUAUUAUUCUCUGCUUUAUCAAUCGAUUUGAAAGGUUUAGGUUUCGAGCCAUCAGGCACCGGUAUUAUUUUUACAAUUUUAGGUUUCUUUGGUUUCGUUUGGCAAGUUACUCUUUUCAAAAAACUCUCACUAACAAUUGGUCUUAAACGUCAAUUCACUAUGGGUAUGAUUCUUCUUUCCAUUGGUAUGGCACUCUUCCCAUUAACAUAUGUUGGUUACAUUAAAUCUGGUACAACAAUGGUAUGGGUAUUGAUUUUCAUUUCAGUUCCAAUCAUUUCAGUUGGUUUUAUGAAUGGUUUACCAUUGGUUUCUGCUAUGAUUGGUACAGUUUGUAGAUCUGAAAUCCAAGGUUUAACUCAAGGUACAACUCAAUCAAUCAAUAGUAUGCUCCGUUCAUUUGGUCCAACUCUCUCUGGUGCAUUGUUUAGUUGGUCUUCAAAUCGUAGUAUUCCUUGGCUCUUAUUUAUAAACCUCUCCAUAAUCUAUGUUGUUAUCGCUAUAGUCAGUCUUUAUUUACCAGAUAAGGUCGAUGCUAAUCUUUCAGUUGUAAAGCAUAAAAAGGCUUUAAAGAAACAAAAGGAAGAGAAACAAUCAUUAACAAGCAAGGUUUAA